AUGGCUGAGCUGGGAGCGUUCUUCACGGGAAUGAAACAAGCUCAAGAGUUAAAUAUUGGAAAAUUGUGGAUUGAGAGCGACUCGGCGGCCCUGGUUUCAGCAGUCCUUAACCAUUCAAUUCCAUGGUGCUUCAUGCAGAAUUGGUGGACUAUUUCUGAAUAUCUUGACACAAUUCAGUGGCGUAUCACGCAUUGCUAUCGAGAAGCAAACUCAGCGGCAGAUGCCCUAGCAAAUCAAGUGGCCAAGGGAAGGAGUUCUACUUUUUGGGAUGUUACCCCGAGCUUUGUUGCUCAGAUAGUUAACGGGGAAGCUCUUAGCAGACCCCACUACAGAUUCACAUAA